CCCGUCGCUUGAUGUGGAGCGCCGACGCCGGGCGAUGACGUAGUUCCCCGACUUCCCACGUCCAAGAUGGCUGCCGUCGGCAAGGAGAGACGUCGCUAAGGGGCUUGCUUGAGGCGAGAGGGUACGAACACUUCCAGAGGAUCUUGAAAAGAACGAGUCUACUUCAAUAAAUGAAGGAAAAUAAAGAAAAUUCAAGCCCUUCAGUAGCCUCAGCCAACCUGGACCACACAAAACCAUGCUGGUAUUGGGAUAAGAAAGACUUAGCUCAUACACCCUCUCAGCUGGAAGGGCUCGACCCAGCCACUGAAGCCAGGUACCGCCGAGAGGGGGCUCGGUUCAUCUUUGACGUGGGCACACGUCUGGGACUGCACUAUGAUACCCUGGCAACUGGAAUAAUUUAUUUUCAUCGCUUCUAUAUGUUUCAUUCCUUCAAGCAAUUCCCAAGAUAUGUAACAGGAGCUUGUUGUCUCUUUCUGGCUGGGAAAGUAGAGGAAACACCCAAAAAAUGUAAAGAUAUCAUCAAAACAGCGCGUAUUUUAUUAAAUGAUGUACAGUUUGGCCAGUUUGGAGAUGACCCAAAGGAAGAAGUCAUGGUCCUGGAGAGAAUCUUACUACAGACCAUAAAGUUUGACUUACAGGUUGAACACCCAUACCAGUUCCUGCUCAAAUAUGCGAAACAACUCAAAGGUGAUAAAAACAAAAUUCAAAAGUUGGUUCAAAUGGCAUGGACGUUUGUCAAUGACAGCCUCUGCACGACCUUGUCACUGCAGUGGGAGCCCGAGAUCAUAGCGGUGGCAGUGAUGUAUCUCGCAGGACGUCUGUGCAAAUUCGAAAUUCAGGAGUGGACCUCCAAACCCAUGUACCGCAGGUGGUGGGAGCAGUUUGUGCAAGAUGUCCCUGUGGAUGUUCUGGAAGACAUCUGCCACCAAAUCCUGGAUCUUUACUCACAAGGAAAACAACAGAUGCCUCAUCACACGCCUCAUCAGCUGCCGCAGCCCCCUUCGCUCCCAUCUACACCACAAGUGCCACCAGUGCCACCGUCACAGUCGGCGCAAGGCUCCGAACCGCCGCAGCCCCCGCAGAAGGACCCGCAGCCGUCAGCCCAGCCGCCGCCGCCGCCACAGCAAGCCCAGCAGCCCAAGAAACCGUCUCCGCAGCCUAGUCCUCCCCGCCAGGCGAAGCGAGCCACGGUUGUUUCUCCCAAAGAAGAGAGCAAAGCUGCAGAACCACCACCGCCUAAAAUCCCCAAGAUCGAGAGCACCCACCCUCCCUUGCCGCCGGCCCACCCACCACCAGACCGGAAGCCUCCUCUCUCGGCCACCUUAGGUGAGGCCGAGCCGCCAGGUCCCGUGGACGCCAGUGACCUCCCCAAAGUCCAGAUUCCACCCCCGGCCCACCCGGCCCCUGUGCACCAGCCACCGCCGCUGCCGCACCGGCCGCCGCCGCCGCCGCCUUCCAGCUACAUAACCGGGAUGUCCACCAGCAGCUCCUACAUGUCCGGAGAGGGCUACCAGAGCCUGCAGUCCAUGAUGAAGACCGAGGGCCCCGCCUACGGUGCCCUGCCCCCGGCCUAUGGCCCACCGGCUCACCUGCCCUACCACCCCCACGUCUACCCUCCCAACCCACCCCCACCACCCGUGCCCCCUCCGCCAGCCUCCUUCCCCCCACCCACCAUCCCGCCGCCCACUCCAGGCUACCCCCCACCUCCACCCACCUACAACCCCAACUUCCCGCCCCCGCCCCCACGCCUGCCCCCCACCCACGCUGUCCCUCCUCACCCUCCUCCGGGCCUGGGCCUACCCCCAGCUAGCUACCCCCCUCCGUCUGUCCCCCCUGGGGGACAGCCACCUGUGCCCCCGCCCAUCCCUCCGCCUGGCAUGCCACCGGUCGGGGGGCUGGGGCGUGCAGCCUGGAUGAGAUAACCUGACGCCUUCCCUCCCCCCUUUUUUUAACAAAAGUUUUUCUAAUCAACUUGAGUAGUUGGAGUGAGUAAGCAGCAGGGUACCUUGUGUAAUGCUAGACAGUGUCAGUGGGAAGGCACAGUGGUCCUCCCACAGAGGAGUGGGGGCCGCCGGCCACGCACUGGAGUCCGCUGAGGGCCAAGGCCUGCGCCAGGCGACUUGAUACUAGUGAAAAUGUAACCAGCCAUAUUGGCUCAAGGAAUAGCAUCCGUAAGGAGUGAAUUUCCUUCUAGAAAUCAGUGCCUAAUUUUCCUGGAUACUCAAUUUUAAAUAGUCCAGUUCCAUCUGAAGUCAAGCUGUUGUCAUCACUUUCAUUCUGUGUUCUCUCCUGUGACACCUGGUCGGUCAGAAGAACCACUUUAUUGCUUUAUUAAACCUAUUUUGAAGGGGUUGCCUGAUUGGAUGGCUUUUUUCUUUGUCCUCCAAGAAGAAGGGGAGGAAUGUACUUGGAAAGUAAUGUAUGUUUACAUCGAUCUGCAAAUUCCUGUACAUAGAGAUAUAUUUUUUAAGUGUGAAUGUAACAACAUACUGUGAAUUCCAUCUUGGUUACAAAUGAGACUCCUUCGUCAGUUAUCCAAAUAAAAGCAGUCAGUUAUCCAAAUAAAAG